AUGGCGGACGCCCGCAAGUCGGUCGCGUUCAGCGAAGGAUCGGUCAUCAUGGAUACCAACGGCCAGGUCACAGAGGCACCGGCCUCUGAGAAGCCCGUCGACAACGAGGUCGAUGAGGUCACCGACAUGUUCAAGGGCCUGUCCAAGAAGAAGAAGACUAAGAAGUCCAGCAAGGAGACUGGUGAUGCCGACGAGGCCGCCGCCGACGGCGAAUUCGAUGCCUCUGCCCUGAAGAAGAAGAAGAAGAAGCCCAAGAAGGAUGCCGGCGAUUUUGAGGCCAAGCUGGCUGAGGCUGGUAUCGAGGAAGACGCCGACAAGGAGCAAGGGGAGGACUCCAUCCCCGAGGGUGAUCUCGAGGCCGGCACCGGUAUUUGGGCACAUGACGCUACCCAAGUCAUCCCAUACUCUCUCCUAGUUUCGCGUUUCUUCUCUCUGAUCGAGAGCCACCACCCCGACAUGCUUUCCAGCGGCACCAAGGCGUACAAGAUUCCCCCGCCCCAAUGUCUGCGUGAAGGCAACCGUCGUACCAUCUUCGCCAACAUUGCCGAUAUCUGCAAGCGCAUGAAACGGUCUGAUGAGCAUGUUAUGCAAUUCCUUUUCGCAGAACUCGGAACAAGUGGCAGUGUGGAUGGCAGCAAGCGUCUAGUCAUCAAGGGCCGAUUCCAAGGAAAGCAACUCGAGAGCGUUCUGCGCAAGUAUAUCGUCGAAUACGUUACCUGCAAGACCUGCCGCAGCCCCGAUACCGAACUCAACAAGGGCGAGAACCGUCUGUACUUCGUCACCUGCAACUCCUGUGGAUCUCGCCGUUCGGUCGCCGCCAUCAAGACCGGUUUCCGAAGCCAGGUCGGCCGCAGAAAGCGCACUGGUUAA